UCGUACAAUGGUGUCGAUGACCUCAAGACGUUGAUGGAGCAAGUAAACUGUCUAGCUGAGCAAAUGCCGCCUCGUAUAGGCAUUGGGAAGAAUAUUAAACUAAAUUGGAAACGCCUUAAACACUGGAGGCUAGCUCGACAUGCUAAGAAACAAGAUGAGACGCUCAGGGUGAUGAGGGCGAAGCUAUGUAGGCUGAAGGCUAACGACGAGUCACUUUCAGGUAGCAUCUCGCUUUUGAACGUCGCCUGCUAAUGGCUGGUCCCUCUCACAAACACGCUAACGUCAUCACAGACCCUCAUGUCGACGGUAUGGAUGAACAAGAGCUGGUUCGCCUGAUCAGAGACAUCAGAUCCCGAGCGGAGCAACCCAUUGCACCAGUGGAAGCUAAUAAUGGCGUUAAAUUUGAUGCCCUGUUGGCUGCACAGCGUGCAGUAUAUAGACACCGAACACCGAACCAUGCACGCCCACCAGAGUCUCAUACGAACGCUGUAGCCCCUGCCACCCCGCGACGUACACAAGCCGUGGUUCACGCACCUCCAUCGCACGCUCGGAUAGCUGUGUUACACGCUCAUCAAAACCAUGCCGAGUUGCCAACCGAUGCGCGGCCUGUUGUGGUCGAUUUCAAGGCCGAUUCCCAGACUGUGGCUCUCCUCUUUGCUACCAUGCGGCUAGCAACGUUCCUGCUGUUGAGACUUCUGAUGUGGUUCUGUGGAGGAGUUAGAGGAGCUGCAGAAUGGUGUGAAAUCAGUCUUACACCGCCAGUUCAGCAAGCAGGCUGUCCGCUGUUGCAGAAAAACCAAGAUAGUAGUCUACAUAAUAUAAGCUCAUAGAGAUUAUAUAUUCAAUGCGGUAGUAUACUAUUAAAAUACUAUUGGGUAAGAUGCCUUGGGGUCUUACAUUACUAUAGGUCAUGUGGGUAUAAAUAUCAACUAGCAACAGUCGGAGAAACCCUUUUGGAACAACAGCUGAGUCCAUCGGCUAUGGAUAUGGCAUAUUCGAGUUCACUGCUGACAUUAAUCGAGGCUGCCAUGUCCCCAAAGAUAGUCCCCUGCUUGUAAA